AUGCUCCAUUACCGCACGCAAGGAUAUAACGGUUGCGCUGUCAAAUACUCCCCAUUCUUUGACAAUCGGCUCGCUGUUGCAAGCUCUUCAAACUUUGGUCUAGUUGGCAAUGGCCGUCUGCAUAUUCUGGAACUGACUGCCAAUGGAAUCCAACCACUAAAAUGGUUUACAACACAAGACUCACUAUAUGACCUCGCAUGGUCCGAAAUCCACGAGAACCAAGUCCUCGCCGCAUCAGGCGACGGCAGCAUCAAAUUAUUCGACUGCACAGCGAACGACUUCCCAAUCUCAAACUGGAAAGAGCACGCGCGGGAAGUAUUCAGCGUAAGCUGGAAUCCCGUCGCAAAGGACCGUUUCUGCUCAAGUAGUUGGGACGGCACAGUCCGCAUCUGGUCGCCACAUCGCCCACAGUCCCUCCUCACCCUCCCAACCCACAGCUGCACCUACUCCGCAUCCUUCUGUCCACACAGUCCAGAUAUUAUCUCAUCCCCAUCCACGCCGGACCCCCCCGCGCCUGCAAUCCCCGGCCAACCCGGUGGCCCUGCCCCGCCUGCUGAGGCCCUCACCCACGACUGGAACAAGUACCGUCCUACUGUUCUGGCUACAGCCGGUGUUGACCGUGCUAUCCGGACGUUUGAUAUCCGGGCCCCGCAACAAGGGCCGCUGUCCACUAUGCUCGGACAUGAAUAUGCUGUGCGGAAAUUGGCUUGGUCGCCGCAUCUUUCUAAUGUUCUUUUGAGUGCUAGUUACGAUAUGACUUGUCGAGUGUGGAGUGACCGGUCAGAUGUGGCGGGCGGGGAUAUGGACAUGAUGCGCGCUGGUCCAGUGGUCGGCGCGGAACUUGGGCGCAUGGGUAGACAUACUGAGUUUGUGACGGGUGUGGACUGGUGUCUCUUUGGCAGUGAGGGCUGGUGUGCUAGCGUUGGCUGGGAUGAGAAUCUGUAUGUGUGGGAUGUGCGAGCCACCAUGUCAUAA